GUUCGCCGGGCAAAGAAGGCGGGGGGAGCGUGAACUUAUCCAUUAAAACCAUUAUAAAACUGGUGGGCCAAAAAUCAAAAUAAUUGUAUACUUUGAUUCCUUCAGAACAGUUGAAUUCAAUCACAGCAAAGAAGAAGAAGAAGAAGAAGAAGAAGAAGAAGAAGAAGAACAAAAUCAAAAACUCGAAAGCAUCGAUCCAUUAUCAAUGGCGUCAAGGAGAGGUUUAGGCUUUGGAUUCGGUUUCAACUCGAAACCUAACUACAUCUAUCCUUCGUCGGAGACUGCAGUCAACCAUGCCGACUCUUCAGCCGCCGAUAACCUCUUCGAGUUCGACGAGGCGGAUAUCUGGACAUCCGCUCAUACUCCGCCGCUGGAAUCGAGGAAGAUUUUUCCGAUCCCGAACAAACUUCCAAAGAGGAGCGGCGCUGCGGCGUCGGGAGAGAAGGCGGUGAAGGCAUCUUCGUCGUUACCGGUCAACAUUCCGGACUGGUCGAAGAUUCUGCAGAGCGACCAGAGCAAGCAAGGCCGGAGAGAAACAGAGGAGGAGGAUUUCGAUGAUAGCGAUGACGACAACAACGACAUUCGGCGGGCGCCACCGCACGAGUAUUUAGCGCGACGGCGAGGCGAUUCGCUUUCGGUUCACGAGGGGAUCGGAAGAACGCUGAAGGGCAGAGAUUUGAGAAUGGUGAGAAAUGCAAUUUGGGAAAAAACUGGGUUCGAAGAUUAAUUAAAAUUAAUUUUUAAAUAGAAAAAAAAAAAAAAAAAAAAAAAAACCACCGUGUAAUCGGUACCGGAAAUUAUAGUUAGAAUAAUCCAUUGUAAUUUUCCAUUAAUUUUCUCUAUUUUAUUUCUUCUUUUUUGUCAAUUAAAUAAAUUUCUCCAAGUUUAAAUA